AUGGUGCAACAGAAGGCUAAACCUUCCGAUUUUGGUUCAAUUAAUGCUCUCAGAUCCUCGACAUCGUCCAAACAGAACACUACAAGCACACAACUACCUUCUGUUAAACCCCCAUCACCAUGUUGGUUCUGCGGAGCAUGGCAUUUUGCGAAACUAUGUCCGUUCAAGAAUCACAAAUGCCGCAAAUGUCAUCGCAUUGGUCAUAAAGAAGGUCAUUGCUCAUCGAAUAAACGUAAGUCUAAUUGUCGUAGUGGAAAUGCGAAGCAACCACCACAAAGUCAAAUUAAAAGCACGUUCGCAGCCUUCAAAGUUGGUUUUCAAA